AUGCUCCGUCAAGCCUUCGCAUUUGCUUGCUGCUUCAUGGCAUUUUGCGCCUACGGACAAGAAAUUCAAAUCUCCAACGAAACCAUGGAAAUAUCGGUAAAUGCGUCGGAGCCUCUUCAGAAUAGCACCAAACAAGCCGAUAUACAAUGUCCAAGUUGUUAUGGACGAAGUGUUUGUGUCAAACCGACCAAUGGCAGCGCCGCCUCCUGCUACUGUCCGCCGGAUUACGCUGGCGAGUUGUGUGAUCAAGCACAAGUGAUUCUUCCAGAAACAUGCACUAAGAAUCAAUGUUUCAACGGCGGUAUCUGCUCUGAGGGCAAGGAAACGACGACUUGUAUUUGCCCCUACAACUACGCUGGAACCAACUGCACUCGUGGUAUGUUCUCGGCUGUCGUUAGUUCGCCUUAUGUCUGGAACAGCGGCACAUUAUCUUAUUUGCUAUCAAGGAUAAAACUAAGGUUAAGUUGGUUUUUGGCCAUUUCAGUGGCAACAUGGAUUGAAGUCUUAGUGGACGUCUACAAUGGAAGGUGGUUGCUAAGCGGGACUGAUACCAACACCACGGAAUCCGUGAAACGCGGCGUUGCAUGUGGCAAGAUUAUUUCGUAUCUCUUGACUGGUUCCGAUCCACGCAUUACCACCUCCUUUGUCGACUGCUACUUUGAUGGAAUCUUGAAGAACGAUGAAGGGAAGAAAUCGCAAGUAGCUCUGCACCUCAAAUUUGAUCCCGGUGUCCAAGGCGAAGAUAUUUUGGCUUCAGCAGUGGCGCAGCAAAUUGCCAACUCUUCAGAGCUUGUUGGAGGUCCCGCCUACAAAACCGCGAUUGACGACCUCGUAGACAUUAGUAACUACGACGUCUGCAAAGCAAACAAGCACGACUGUUCGCCGUCUGCGACUUGCUCUUCAAACGGCAUUACGUACACGUGUGCUUGCAAAAGAUUUUACACAGAUGGAGCUGAUAUCGUGAGGGCAUUGCCUGGCCGUUACUGCUACUACAGCUUCACCUCGGGGUUCCUCCUGGGGUGUGUGGUUGUCCUCCCACUGCUAAUCGGGACAGUUGUGGGCACCUUCUUUUGGCGACGGUACCAGGCACAAAAGGCGUGGGUUCAGACGUCUCCUGACGACGCCGUUCAGCUGGUUCAGUCCCAAUACCCCAAAUACACUGCCUAA